CAAUCCAACAAUGGCUCUCACAACAACCCUCUUAAUACUUCUCAUCUCCCUCUUAGGUUUCUGCUCUGAAACCGUAAAAUCUCAAAACUGCAACUGCGCCCCAAACCUAUGUUGCAGUCAGUUCGGUUAUUGCGGUACCACUGCUGAUCACUGUGGUCCUACGUGCCGAUCAGGUCCUUGUAGAGGAGAUGGAUCCCCAACUGAUGCUGGUUUGAUUGGUAGCAUUGUGACACAAAGUUUCUUUAACGGAAUUAUCAACCAAGCCGGUAAUAACUGCGCUGGGAAAAGAUUUUACACCCGCGACUCUUUCAUUAACGCCACCAAUACUUUCCCCAACUUUGCUAAUACCGUUACUAGGCGUGAAAUUGCUACCAUGUUUGCUCAUUUCACGUACCAGACCGGACACUUCUGCUACAUAGAAGAGAUAGGCGGAGCGUCACGUACCUUGUGCAACCAGGGCAGCCGUCAAUAUCCAUGUGCACCGGGUAAGAGCUACCAUGGUCGCGGUCCGUUACAACUAUCAUGGAACUUCAACUACGGACCAUGCGGCCAGAGUCUCGGCCUCGACCUUCUACGCCAGCCCGAGCUGGUGAGCAGUAACCCAAUUGUGGCUUUCAGAGCGGCUUUGUGGUUUUGGAUGUCGAGUGUGAGGCCUGUUUUGAACCAGGGAUUUGGAGCCACCGUAAGAGCCAUCAGCGGUAUGGAAUGUGACGGUCAGAAUGUAGGUGGGGUGAAUGCAAAAAUUGGGUAUUAUAGAAACUAUUGUGGUCAGCUUGGUGUUGACCCUGGCGCCAACCUCACUUGCUAAAACUCUCUUCGGACAUAUAGGAGUAUUAAAGGUGAAAUAAUAAGUGAUGUUGACAAAAGUUGUUACGUUACUAAAAGAUUAAUAAAACGACUUAUACAGAAGUUGUAACCAACGAUGUUUAGCUCUGUACUGCUCUGUUUUCUAUAUAAGAACAAACUCUUGAAUAGUGAA